AGUAUCAAAAACGUGUGGUUCGUUUAAAGUUUGAUGCAUAUACACGUACGCAGGUAGCAUUGCAUGUGUUGGUAAAGCAAAUGACAAAAGUCGAUCGUAGAAUGUCGGAUGCUGAGAAAACAGUGAUAUUGGCAUUUGGUGGUGCAAAAUUUGCAUCAAACUCACCCAUCAAAGGAUAUCUACGGUGUCCGCAUCGUGCAUUGCAACAAAUGGCACGUGAAUAUGUAUUCGUUUUGCCAAUCAACGAACACAACACAUCGCAGAAGUGUAGUCGAUCAGGACGUAAGCUGAAGAAACGAAGAAGUGUACCAGAACGUCAAUCAAAAGACCGUUUUCUAGUUUGCCCCAACUGUAAACCGGUCGAAGAUGGCGUUUUUCACGAUCCAAUUCAAUGGACAGGCAGAGUUCAUCGUACUUUCAAAAAGAAACAUCAAGAAUGGAAAUACCGUUCCAUAUGUACAUUCCAUCGACCGGUUCCAGAAGCAGAAGCAAAUCCAAAUCCACAACCAAGACAAAAGAAAAAGAGAUACCAGAAGCAGUUGGAACCGAAAACAACAGUUAUAUUCAGUCGCGACAUAAAUGCAGCGAGAAAUAUGAUUAAGAAAGGAUUGUACAUGUUGAAUCAUCUGCCGAUGCCAAAUUGUUUUCGACCAUUCAGGCAUCAACUCCAUUAUUACUACAAUUAAAAUCAAAAAUAAAAUUAUAAGCACGGACGUCUACGCGAACAUUCUCACAAUGGGAAUCUCAUUGUUUCAAACAAUGAUACCAAGACGUAGUAGUGGACGAUGCUAACAAGUACUAGAAAUAGUAACUGUCAAACGCACCGUGGAGACGCCAUAUAAUUUUUUUCUUGUUUGUUUUCAUGACGGAAUGCCCGUUAUGAAUAUUUAUGAUCGUGGAAAAUGUAAAUUUACAGAAUAUUUCCUUGUGUGGACA